ACCCCAAGCCAAAAAAAUGUCUUCAUUUUUUUCUUCCUUCUCUUCUACCUCAUCAGAGACAAACCUAACCACCGCAAAAACAAUCCUCUCAACCGCCGCCACCGUAGCCGCCACCGCAGUACUAAUCCGUACAGUCGCCAAUGAAUUUCUCCCAAUGGACCUCCGUGAAUACGUAUUCACCGGAAUCCAAUCCCUUUACUCUCAUUUCUCCUCCGACCUAACAAUGGUAAUCGAAGAAUUCGAAGGUCUCGAUAAUAACCAAAUCUACUCCGCCGCUGAAACCUAUCUCGGCACCGUAGUUCCACCUUCAACAAAACGACUCCGUUUAAGCAAAUUCGAUCACCAACAAAACUUCACUCUCGCAAUGGAACAUAACCAAUCAGUAACAGAUUUCUUCAACGGCGUUAAAAUCAACUGGAUCCUCUUAUGCCGCCGCGUCGAGAAUUUCAGCAACAACCGCGAUCUAACCGCCACGUUAAAAUCAGAAAUCCGUUCGUUAGAAUUAACAUUCAAUAGAAAACACAAAGCCAUGAUUCUCAACGAUUACAUUCCGUUUAUUCUCCGAGAAUCAAAAUCAAAGAAACAAGAAUUAAAAGCUUUACGAAUCUUCACCGUUGAUUAUCAGAAUCUGUACGGGAAUUUGAAUGAUGCGUGGAUGGGGACGACGCUAAAUCAUCCUUCAACUUUUGACACGCUGGCACUUGACCGUGAUUUACGGGAGUUUGUUAUAGGUGAUUUGGAAAAGUUUGUUAUGAGGAAAGAAUAUUAUAGAGAAGUUGGGAAAGCUUGGAAGAGAGGUUAUUUAUUGUAUGGUCCACCUGGAACUGGGAAAAGUAGUUUGAUUGCUGCUAUGGCUAAUUAUUUGCAUUUUGAUAUUUAUGAUUUGGAAUUGACUGAGUUGAGUAAUAAUGCUGAGUUGAGGAGAUUGUUGAUUGCUAUGCCUAAUAGGUCUAUUGUUGUUGUUGAGGAUAUUGAUUGUACUGUUGAGUUUCAGGAUCGAGUUGCGCAAUCUAGGUCUUGCAGAAAUGAUAAACAGGUUACACUAUCAGGGUUGCUGAAUUUUAUUGAUGGACUAUGGUCAAGUUGUGGAGAUGAAAGGAUUAUAGUGUUCACAACGAACCACAAGGAAAAGCUUGAUCCAGCUUUGUUGCGCCCCGGCCGCAUGGAUGUUCAUAUUUACAUGUCCUAUUGUACUCCCUAUGGUUUUAGACAGUUAGCUUUCCGUUACCUUGGAAUUAAAGAACACACCCUAUUUGGAGAGAUUGAGGAAACAAUUCAGCAAGCGCUGGUAACUCCAGCUGAAGUGGCGGAGCAGCUUCUCAAGGGCAGCGAGACCGAUACUACUCUUAAAGAUCUAUCAAAUUUUCUUAGAAAGAAGAAAGAAAUUCAGGAACUUGAGGCUAAAAAGAGAGAACAAGAGGAGCAGCAGUUGGUAGAUGAACGUGUUAAUGAAGAAGAAAAUAUCAACAACAGAUCUGACAAAGUAAUUCAACAUUUCCCUCCUCAAAAUUGUAAUAAUGGUGGAGCAGUUUAAUCUUUCAAAUUUACAAAAUAGUAAAUUAGUUCAUUAAAUGAAUGAAUGUUUGUCAAUUUUUGGUAUCAAAGGGAGCGAUAAGCCCCUCGAAGGAGUCAUUUUAUUUGCCUUCUGUUUAUGCUGAGGUAUAAUUCAAAUAGGCUAGUAGAUAUGUUAAUAAUGAUCUAAUUUAAUUGAAGUUAGUAUUGUUAAACAAA